GGAUUUAAAUCGGUAGGAUUGAUUUGUCAGGUCACUGGUGUGGGAUAGGGAAGUGGAAGGUAGGUAGUCAAACGUUGCUAGGCUGGGGCACAAACAAACGGCGCUAAAAAGAACCACAGCUCCAGCUCCAAGAUACCGAUUGUAGCGCGGAAUCAAUAUGAGUUUCACAAUCGAAGAGAGAGGAAAGCGCAAUACACAGGACUACAGAGUGUUCUUCAAAAAUUCAGAAGGAAGGUAUAUUUCACCAUUCCAUGACAUACCAAUAUAUGCAGAUGAAGCUGAGAAUGUCUUCCAUGCUGUGAUUGAAGUUCCCAGAUGGACAAAUGCCAAGAUGGAGAUUGCUACCAAGGACCCGCUAAACCCUUUGAAACAGGAUGUAAAAAAGGGCCGUUUGCGCUACGUGGCUAAUGUGUUUCCACACAAAGGUUACAUCUGGAACUACGGAGCGAUUCCUCAGACAUGGGAAGAUCCGUGCCACAAAGAUGGGGACACUGGUUGUUGUGGGGACAAUGACCCCAUAGAUAUCUGUGAUAUUGGUAACAAGGUGUGCUCACGUGGAGAAGUUAUUCAAGUGAAGGUUUUGGGCACUCUGGCACUGAUCGAUGAGGGCGAGACUGAUUGGAAAGUCAUCGUAAUCAACGUGGAAGACCCUGAAGCCAAGGCCUUUGACAAUAUCGACGAUGUGAGACGCCUGAAGCCGGGCUACCUGGAAGCCACGGUGGAUUGGUUUAAACGGUACAAAGUUCCUGAUGGGAAACCUGAAAACCAGUUUGCGUUCAACGGAGAGUUCAAAGAUAAGGACUUUGCCAUUGACGUAAUCAAGAGCACCCAUGGCUUUUGGAAAGCACUUAUCUCUCAAGAGACUGAUGCCGCGGACCUGAACCGUAUGAACACCUGCCUCUCUGAUAGCCCAUUCUGCUGCUCAGAUGAUGAUGCUAAAGCUGCUGUUGAUGCAACACCCUCUUUUGAUGACGAAGAUCCCAUCCCAGCAACAGUUGACAAAUGGUACUACUAUGAGAAAAAGUAACCAUACAUGAAGACCUGAGGUGUGGACUCAAACUCCAUCUCUCUUUAGGAAGUGUACUUGAAACGGUCAUAUUUUUGUGCAUGGUACAUGAUCUCACUUAAGUUAGGAUAUGGAUAAUAAAUGAUAGACAUCAUAAUUGCAGCUCAUGAAAAAUGCCUCACUUUAUUUAAGCUUUAUUUGUGCAUAUCUCUACACAGUGUCAUAUGUGACAUUUACCACAAGAAACUUUUGUCUCCUGUGAUUUAUCACCUGUUUUUUGUCCGAGUACACCUCUGUAGGAUUUUCCAGUGUCAGGUUGUUUCAAAUUGGCAAAUGAAAAUUAAUCUGAUUUUUAUUUGCAUAACAGUUAUUAUGUUAUUGUAUAUGCAAUUCACUGCCGAGUGGACCAUCUUAAACUGUCAAAUAAAUCAAGAACUGUAUUG